AUGGAUAAAGAUGACAUGUUUAAAAAAUUAUUUAAUGCAUUUAUAAAAGCUAAUCCAAGCGGUCAAAAACAAAAAAUUCAGCAUGAUUGUGUUAGUUUCUGGAAUUCAAUCAAGACUGCACCUGAUUUUGUCCGCUUGUACAACACAAAGAAAGCUGAACUAGAGGGUACUACUAGGAAGCGAUUAAUUUCGUCUUUUUUCUUGUCAAAAGACGAGAACAUUCCUUCCAAUUUAAAGUCAAAUGACAGCUCUUGUGGAAUAAUAAAUUCUUGUUCUUCAACUUUUUCUGCUGUUCCAUCAACUGCAAGCUGUUCAAAGUUAACUGUUUCGAAUGACAAAUGUCCAGCUCAGAAGCAACUCACGGAAGAACUGAAUAUUAUUAACACAGAUCUAGUAGGCUUAGUGGCACGCAACAAUAUGCGCAUACUCACAGCUAAGCAGAAAGAAGAAAUGGACACUAAGAAGGCGCGUAAACGACAAAUUGAAAAGGAUAUAAUUAAAAAAAAAGCUAAUCAAGAGCGUCAGAAGAAAUUUCGUAUUGACAAGAAAGAAAUACUGCAAAAACAUCCAGAUACUAAAUUUGCUACUGAUACGGUUCAUCAUCUUUGCGAGCUUGCUUCAUUUUUUGGUCCGGCAAAUACGACAGUCAUUAGUCAAGAUGACAAAUGUCGAGUACCUAUUGGCAUCACGGCAGCCAAAAUGCAAGCACCUAUGCUUAUGCAUAUGGAAUAUCGUGUAAGACUUCCAGAUCACAAUUGGGUUAUCGGCGAUCGGCAUAAGUUAAUACCAUCUGUAUACGCCGGCCUUGUAAUAUCUGAAAAAGGUUAUGGUGCAAAAGAAGCUGUAACAUACUCUGGUCCAACUUUAAUCUCAAUUCGAUCAGGAAAACAUUCUUCUUCAAAUGCAAUGAGUCAUGCAAGAGACUUCGAGAGAUUGAUGAAACUUCCUGAAUUUGAUACUAUAACGAAAACAAUGGAUCAAAAUGCAAAGCCAAUAUUCAUCUUUUUUGUUGAUGGAGGACCAGAUGAGAAUCCUAGAUAUCCACACACUAUUCAAUCCGCCAUCAGACAGUUUAAAAAGUACAAUUUAGAUGCAAUAUUUAUUGCUAAAAAUGCGCCAGGUCGCAGCGCAUUUAAUCAGGUUGAACGUCGAAUGGCACCUUUAAGCAGAGAAUUAAGUGGGGUAAUUUUGCCGCAUGAUUUCUACGGAAGCCACCUUGAUAUUAAUGGUAAAACAAUUGAUGAGAAGCUAGAAAUUUUAAACUUUGAACAUGCAGUGCCAGGAUCGAACAUGCUGUACAGAGCCACGGAGCCCAUUUUUCAACUUUUUUUCUCAACGUUUUUUGCCAGCACCUUUGCCACUAGUAUACAUUCAAUCGCAAAGUCAACUAGUACAGUACCAACGAGAGUUUGUAUAGAUUGUGGAUUGUAUUGUGCUUCACUGGAAAUGUUGAAAUCUCACCGAAAGUCAAUCCACAAUCGUAUUGUCAAUACCAAGAAGAAGCCGAAGAAAAUCAUAAAAAAGCGGAAUGAAGAGUUGUUGGUGCAGUUGGAUGAUGAUGUUGAAUGGAUGAAUAGGGAAAAUGUUGAAUGUAUUGAAGAAACAGAAGAUGAGAAUCCUGUAAAUAAUGAAGUACCAAUAAUAUCUAUUCAAACUCAUUUGGAAAGUAUAUGGGAAGAAGAUUGUUGA